AAUGCAAAAUAUUAAUAAUUCAGACUUUGUAAUAGUAUUACGAUUAUGUUUCAGUGUUGUGCGUUUGAUUGAACAGUAUCUGAAAGAAAACAAUCUUUUAAAAACACUUACAGUGUUACAGGAAGAAAGUGGUAUAUCUCUCAACACAGUAGACUCUGUAGAUGGAUUUAUCUCAGAUAUUACCAGUGGUCACUGGGACACUGUUCUUCAGGCCAUUCAAUCACUCAAACUGCCAGACCAGAAACUAAUUGAUCUUUAUGAGCAGAUUGUGUUAGAGUUGAUAGAGCUUCGGGAACUGGGAGCGGCCAGGUCACUUUUACGACAGACAGAUCCAAUGAUUAUGUUAAAACACAACCAAGCUGAUAGAUAUAUACAUUUAGAGAAUAUGCUUGCCAGGUCCUACUUCGACCCCAGAGAGGCCUACCCAGAAGGACAGACAAAGGAGAAAAGACGUACAGCUAUAGCUCUUGCCUUGUCUGGAGAGGUAAAUGUUGUACCACCAUCCCGUUUGUUGGCCUUGCUAGGUCAGGCACUAAAGUGGCAACAACAUCAAGGUCUCUUACCCCCAGGAACAACAAUUGAUGUGUUCCGAGGAAAGGCAGCUGUCAAAGAACAAGAAGAAGAAAAAUACCCUACACAGCUUAAUAAAACUAUUAAGUUUGGUCAGAAAGCUCACAUAGAGUGCGCCAAGUUCUCACCAGACGGUCAGUAUCUGGUUACUGGCUCAGUUGAUGGGUUCGUAGAGGUGUGGAAUUUUACCACAGGAAAAAUUAGAAAAGAUUUACGGUACCAGGCACAGGAUAAUUUUAUGAUGAUGGACGAUGCUGUAUUAUGCAUGUGUUUUAGCCGAGAUUCUGAAAUGUUAGCGACCGGGGACCAAGGCGGUAAAAUUAAGGUUUGGAAGAUAUUGACUGGACAGUGUCUACGCAAGUUUGAAAGAGCUCAUGCUAAAGGAGUUACAUGUGCAAAUUUCUCUAAAGAUAAUGGCCAACUUCUGAGUGCCUCAUUUGACCAAACAAUCAGAGUGCAUGGCCUAAAGUCAGGAAAAACAUUAAAGGAGUUCACUGGUCAUGGGUCAUUUGUAAAUGAUGCUGUGUUCACACAAGAUGCACACCAUGUGAUCAGUGCCAGUUCAGAUGGAACUAUAAAAGUAUGGAAUUUCAAAACACAAGAAUGCCAGUCAACAUUUAAAUCAUUUGGUGGUCAGGCUGGCACAGAUAUUACAGUGAACAGUAUACACCCGCUACCUAGAAAUGCCGAACAAUUUGUGGUGUGUAACCGUAGUAACACGGUGGUUAUUAUCAACAUGCAGGGACAGAUUGUAAGGAGUUUCUCAAGUGGUAAGAGAGAAGGUGGAGAUUUUAUAUGUUGUACAAUAUCACCGCGUGGAGAGUGGAUCUAUUGCGUAGGAGAAGAUAUGGUUUUAUACUGCUUCAGUAUUUCUACUGGUAAACUGGAGAGAACUCUCACUGUUCACGAGAAAGAUGUAAUAGGUAUAAGCCAUCAUCCACAUCAAAAUCUCCUGGCUACAUACAGCGAGGAUGGUUUACUGAAGCUCUGGAAGCCCUGAUUUAUGUAUCUGAUCCUCACAUGUACAUCACAACUUCUUCAUAGACUUUUUCAUUUCUUAUAAGCGUUCACGUUGAUCAUGUAAAAUAGCAGCAACAGUUGUCUGUGUAAAUGUUACGUUUUAUUUUGCUUCCAGAAAACAUUUCAGUGGAGUACAUGUAUAUAGUUACAUGUGUGUUCUUCUUUCCUUUAAGUCCUUUGAUCACAUGUGCUUACUCUAUGUAAGUUCAGGCUCAUGAGAAAGAUUUAAUGAUCAUUUAUUGACUAAUAUCUUGGAUUUUUUGAAGUGUGUUGAUCUGUAACUCUUUGAAUUUGUCUCAGAGGCGAUUCAGUCAAUGUUACUGAUGCAAAUAACAGAUAUUUUUUUUAACUUUUCCAAAUAAAAAGGCCAUAGUUAUCACUUUUUUAUA